AUGAGGAAGUAUAUUUCUGAGCUACCGUGCGAUGGAUAUACAUAUAUGAAGGACCAACACAACUGCAGCCGCUUCUAUAGGUGCGACAUAUCCGGCCGCUCACAGCACUUGGAUUGCUAUCCGGGGUUACUAUUCAAUGAAUACAUCAAUGACUGUGACUUUCCAUACAAUGUUGCCGAGUGUUCACAAUAUCCAUUCCUCUGCCAAUAUUUCUCUCUGUGUUGGCCUCCAGUUAUCACAUCUCAUGACAACUCAUCUCUUCAUACAAACGCCACUCAAUUAUAAUGAAUUUAUUUCUUCAUUCUUUCCAUUUAUAUCGUACAAACAAUUUUGAUAUUAUUUGUAUUUGUAUUUAUUAUUUAUAUAA